CACGUGCUUUGGAGAAAAGGUAACAGUUACCAACAAGCUGGCGCAUCUUCUUUCGACGACAAAGCACAUCGCCGGUGUCCAACUUGGCUCACAGUCAGCUCACAAAGUCUUGCAAAGCGUCCUUAAGUUACCAAGAAGAAUUCAUAUAAAACCUACCAUCGAACAGGCUCCUCACAAUCAUGAGACUUGCUGUUGUUAGUGCCACCGGUACGCUCGGUUUCUGCCGCUUGUUCCUCGGGAUCCUGCAAGCCGCAAUCUUGGCUUCGUUGACGUUCGCACACGCCGACGACAUUGGCGACAAUUCAAUCUUUCAGUCCACAAUGCUGGAGGCGCAAUUGCCGAAACCCCUCUCGGACAUGACGGCCACGUACUUGGGUAGCAGUGACGAUGGGGUGUACAUUGCCGGCGGCUGCGACGAUCCGAACGGCAACGUCUUUGUGGAUGAUCCAGACUUUCCCGGAUUCUCGUGCGGUUCCAUUUCCGAUACGCUCUACCGCUUCGACGUGUCGGAGAGCACCAUUCGUGAAGUUGCAAAAAUGCCACGACCGCGAUACCGUCACGCCGCCUUUGGAAUCCAAGGCCGACUGUGGUUGGUUGGUGGACGGGAUUUGAAUGAUGACAUCGUGGUGGAAGUCGAUUCGUACGAUACCGCUACUGAUACUUGGACGACAUUUACGGAUCUUCCCGUCUCGCUCGCUACGAGUGAUGUGGGAGGUUUCAGCCACGGCGACUAUGGCUACAUCGUCGGUGGAUAUAGUCAGGAUUACAAGGCACAGGCCACGACCUGGCGGCUCUUGACCACCGCCGCACUCGUCAAUAACUCCUUGGCGAACGACGAUGCGGUCGAAAUCGUCAAUGGCCUGGCGGAAGCUCGUGGAGACGUGGCCGCGGCCUUUGACAACAACUUUGGCUACGUUUCGGGUGGCUUCACGGACGUGAACAAGUUUUGCGAGCCGCUCGCUUCCGUGUCGGCCUACAGCUUUGACUCCGGAGAAUGGAGUAGCCUGCCCGAUUUGGCCUUUGCCCGGGGCGACAAGGGACUGGCAGCGUUUGACGGACACAUCUACGCCCUAGGUGGAGAACGACAAAUUGAAAACAUUUGUGCGGUGACCGCCGAUACACCCGAUCCGGGGGAUUUGACCGUGGCGGUGGACGUAGCGGAACGUUUCGAUCUGGGUGAAGGGAACACCGAAUGGACCUUAUUGGACGAUUUGCCCAUUCAUCGAUUCCGAUUUGCUGCCGUAGCAGUUCCUGCUCGACACGAAGUUCUCACGUUCGGUGGUCAACAGGCGUACAAUGCGGACUGUCAGUGUUUGGCUGCAACGACGGAUAUCGUUCAGUACAAGGAAGUUCCCCAGGAAAGCGGAACUUCGGAUGCUGGACAUGGUUACUGGCUGCUGCCGAUGAAAAUGAUUGUGUUUGCGAUUACGUAUAUGACAUUGAUUGCGUAGUAGAAUUCUCGUUUGUUUGGAAUGUUACUGGCCAUACCGAGAAAGUUUCUUAUAUGUGAAACGACACAAACAGCGCUAUCGGUAUGUACUCGCAAACAAGACAAUUUUUGUUAGUUGAUUGGGGGCUAGCUCACUGUCAGUUUGAAGCCAUUUUAAGAGUACAAAGCAUUUGACUGUA